AUGGACUACACACGAUGUGCAGCUCUGCACAACUAUCUGAUCCAAUAUGCCUGGCUCGCUGAAGGCCGCCCACUGGAAACUCUGGAUGCCAACAACAACUUUUUCACGGGCUCCGGUGAUAAAGAUGAAGCCGAGGCUUAUCUUCUAAGGCUUCAUCCGUCACUAGCGGCAUUCCUUGACACCGCUACCAUGUCCCCUUUUCCUCUUGAGAAUCCUCACGAAUACCUCCCAUUCUCAGUUUUUGCAUGGGACCAGCCCGUUGACGGCUUGGUGCGCUUAUACGCUAUCGACGGGGGCUUAUCGGCUGUGGACAGUGAUGGCGGUGUUAUUUACCACCAAGGCCUCCACCGAGUCGCGAGCUUCAUAUAUCUUGAUGAAUAUGACAUUAGGUUUCCAGCGGAGGGUAGUAAACACAUUGAGAGCCCGCUAGAGACACUACUCACUAACUGGAUCGACCUUAUUCAUAUUGGAAAAGUUGUGGCUUCGCCUUAUAAAGAGCCAGCCCUAUUCGACUUCGAGAAGAUCGGGCCCUAG